UUCCUGAACUACAGAGGAUAUGCAAAACAAGUUCCUUGGACGAUUGCUUCUUUAACAUAGAGCAAGUCAAAAAAUAAACGAAAUGGAGGUGGAGAUGUGGAACGUAUCGAUAUGAUUGACGAGGGGAGAGUGUUGCUUUCUUUUGAGGACCACAAAGUUACUGAUGCCAUAUUGAAGCAAGCUCAUAUGAUAGAUGGUGUCCAUCUAGAAAUCAAGUGUUACUACCCUUUCCUUGGUGAAACAUCGUUUAAGCACCCUAGAGGUGAAAAGAGGGAAAAAAUUGUUCAAGUCGAUCCACAAACCAUACCGUUUAUCAAGGAAUUGUUCCAUACAGAAUUUGACCAGCUUCUGCAGGAAACUCAAGUGAAGUACACAUGGCAGGAAGGUUCAGGGGAGAUUGUUCUUGUUUGGGCUGAACCUAAAAUGGAUAAGAAGACAUGGGAGAGGUCCUGUGAAGCUGUUGUAGCCUACAUCAAUUAGUUUGUGACAGACAAGAUAACCAUUUCUCAAGAAAUUUGGGAACAGAUGAGUGAGGACGUAACAGAAAAAUGCGCUGCUUUGAAAACUCAAAUUCAGAUUUUCCAUGUAUUUGACUUCAGUAAAAAGCAAGAUUCGAUUAUGUUUAGAGGAAAGAAAACCCAUGUAUGUGCACUAUCGAAGCAGCUACAUAGCUCAGUUUCUCAGGUAGAGAAACAAAUUAUGUUGGAAAAAAGCAAAGUUGCACAGAAAAUCGAACUUUCCAACGCACAGAUGGAGUUGAUGAGUUUGUGUGGAUUUGUUGAAGAUUUAAAAUCAAAAUACAAGGACCUUGAAAUAAUGAUAAAUUCUGGGGACAAUGCAAUCCAAAUGAGAGGACAAGAAGACGUAGUKAAUGAAGGUAAYUUAGCAGUCUGGCAAGUUUUAGCAGCAAUGAAAGAAAGUGAAUUGAGACUUGAUGAAUCAAUGGUUGACAUUCUUGCUUCAAAGAGUGGGAUGGCAUUUCUUUCUACCAUGCUAAAGAACAAUGAGAUUUACGCAGUUGUUAGUCGAGAUAGCAACCUAACCGAAGGGGAUCUUGUAGUGACGGCAGUAGAUCGGAAUAACUUGAAGGAGGCGGUGAACCUCAUUCUGAAAGAUGCAACAACAAAGGAAAGCAUUCCUUUGAAUACCGUUCAAAAAGAACUAAUGGACUCUGAGAAAUGGAGAGAAUUGAAGGACUCCAUUCAAAAGUCGAUGCUUUUAAAAAUUACGGAAGAACCAACAGAGAGCAAAUUAUUGUUGGUUGGUAUUAAACAAGAGAUCGACAACGCUAAGGAACAAAUUGAAGACUUUUUCAAAAAUAACACUAUAACAAAAAACGUUUUAGCUGAAGCAGAAAUUUCCAUCGAUAAUAUUGAACAAUAUUUAGAUGGGGAUUCCUUAAGAGAAGAAGAGGAGGGGAAUAGUGGAAAGCGGAUAUCGAUGUUGUAUCAUUGUACCGAAGAAGAUGUGGAUAAAACUUCUGACAUAGAUGUAGUAUUGCUGGGUAGAAAUGAAGACCGUGCUAAAGUUGUAGGCAAGACAGAAGCUAUGAACAAAUCAGGUGCUGAUGAUGAAUGGAAGCAUGGUGACAGUGUUGAGGAUAACCCCAGUUCUACUAAAGAAGAAGAAUGCUACGAACCAGAAGAAACAGAAACAGAAACAGAAACUGACAGUGACAGUGACAGUGACAGUGUUGAGGAUAACCUCAGUUCUACUAACGAGGAAGAAUGCUACGAACCAGAAGAAACAGAAACAGAAACAGAAACUAUGAACAACUUAGGUGCUCAUGAUGAAUGGAAGCAUGGUGACAGUGUUGAGGUUAACCCCAGUUCUACUAAAGAGGAAGAAUGCUACGAACCAUUUACAUUACCUCGUGUUUUUUUAGACCUCAAGAAUUUCCAAGAAAAUGRUUUCCAAUUCGCCGAUAAGAAGAUGGCAGAAAUAACGGAAAAGUUUUUUGUAGUAAAUGAUGACAGAACUACCCCUAUAUAUGUGAAAGACAAGGGCAUCCCAAACAUGCCGAUGCCCGACACUUAUGUACAAGCUGCCAUGCUACCUCUGAGUAAAACAUUAGACAAUGGAGUAGUGGUGUCUGUCCAUCAAGGUGAUAUUACUAAAGUACACGUUGAUGUCAUUGUUAAUUCAACCAAUGAGCGCCUUGAUCAUGGAGGGGGUUGCAGGGGCCAUAGUAAAGCAAGGUGGUCGACAAAUCCAACAGGAAUCAGAUGCAUUAGUUAGGACACAUGGACGUUUUCCAGUAGGUCGGGUUGCACAUACUGGCCCAGGAAAUCUUCCUUACAAGCGUAUCUUCCAUGCCGUUGGUCCACAAUGGAGAGUUCAUGGUGAAGAACGUAG